CUUGCUUUCCCUCGUUUGAGUUUUGACCAUUCCUAGACCAGGCACCCUAUCUUCCCAGCACGAUAUUUCCUGCGAAGACAGCUAUAUUAGAAAAGUUGCAUUCUCUUAGUGCUGAAGCAUGAUGUUUGUGUUUCUUCUCUCAACACCGAAGACAAUUAUUCGUCUCAAUCAGUUGGUUCUGAUUCCUGUUCAGACAGAAAAGGAGUAUAUAUAUUCAGCACCCCUGGGUUAUUUUUAUCGUGAGAGGUUGCUUGCUUGGAGUCUUGGAUUGUUUGGCGUAUCCAUACGCGGCAUUCCGAAGACCUUUUCCAUGGCUCAUUACAAAGAUGGUACCAAGUAUGAAGAGGGCUUCACCGUGAAUUCACGAGGCAACAGGCUCUUCACCUGCAAAUGGACGCCCAAGAAAUUACAGCCCAAAGCAAUGAUCUUUAUCUGCCAUGGCUAUGGAGGAGAGUGCAGCAUAUCGAUGGCAGACACCGCUGCGCGAUUGGUGCACGCCGGCUACGCUGUCUACGGGAUAGACCAAGAGGGCCAUGGCAAAUCUCCCGGCCCAAAAGGGUACAUAUCGAGCUUCAGCUACAUCGUCAAGGAUUGUGCCGACUAUUUCAAGAGCGUCUGUGAGAAGCCGGAGAAUAAGAUGAAGAAGAGGUUCCUCUACGGCUUCUCCAUGGGAGGAACGGUGGUGAUUCAGCUGCACAGGAAGGAUCCUACCUACUGGGACGGUGCCGUCUUGCUUGCUCCCAUGUGCAAGCUUGGCGAUGACAUGCGGCCGCAUCCGGCGGUGGUGGGCGCUUUGAAGAUGAUCUCCUUCGUUGUGCCUAGCUGGAGAGUCAUCCCUGCCCCAGACAAGCUCGACAAAGUCUGCAAAGAUCCCCAGUUUAAGAAAGAGAUCCGUUCCAACCCGUACAUGUACAAGGGGAACCUGGCGCUGCAGACAGGCCACGAGCUCCUGGCGGUCAGCCUGGACAUCGAGAAGAACCUGGAGGAAGUGACGCUGCCGUUCCUGGUGCUGCACGGCGAGGACGACGUGGUGGCCGACCCCGAGGGAAGCAGACUGCUCCACGAGCGGGCGGCGAGCAGGGACAAGACCCUGAAGCUGUACGCCGGGAUGUGGCACGUGCUCAUGGCCGAGCCGCCGGCUGACGUCGAGCGGGUCUUCGCCGACGUGACGUCGUGGCUCGAGGAGAGGACUGGCACGGCCACGGCGAGCGCCGGCAAGUGACUGCCCCAACCUUCCCUAGAUAAGCCACAUAUGCCGACGUUCAGUUAGAGGAUUCAUUUCUUGCUCCGAGCUUUGACCUAUGCUUCUUCCCAAAACGAUGGUGUAGCAGAGUUGUACUGCUGUCACGUAGCAAAUUGCAGACCGCGCAGAAAUACAUUGCCGCUUGCUUC